UAUGCACACCAGUGGGACUUUCACGGAUGUUUACAGUAAUGGGUCAGUUACUGGUGAAGCCAACAAUCCUUGAAGACCUAGAUGAGCAGAUGUACAUCAUCACUUUAGAGGAGGAAGCAAUUCAGAGGAAGCUUAACGGUGUAUCCUCCGUGGUGGAAUACCAGACGGCAGAGUUGGAACGGGAGCUUGAAAAAGUGAAAAGCAGGAAAAUGAAUCUAGAACGGCGGAAAAAAGCUUCUGCUUGGGAAAGGAAUUUAGUCUAUCCAGCUGUUAUGAUAUUGCUCCUUAUUGAGACAUCCAUCUCAGUCCUCUUAGUUGCUCUCAACAUUCUUUACCUGUUGGUUGAUGAAACUGCAAUGCCAAAGGGAUCAGGGGGGCCUGGAAUAGGAAAUGCUUCCCUGUCCACCUUCGGUUUUGUGGGAGCAGCGCUUGAAAUCAUUUUGAUUUUCUAUCUUAUGGUAUCCUCUGUCGUCGGCUUCUACAGUCUUCGUUUUUUUGAAAAUUUCACUCCCAGGAAGGAUGACACAACUAUGACAAAGAUCAUUGGGAACUGUGUCUCAAUCUUGGUGCUGAGUUCUGCUUUGCCAGUGAUGUCAAGGACGUUGGGAAUCACCAGAUUUGAUCUGCUUGGAGACUUCGGGAGGUUUAACUGGCUGGGAAACUUCUAUAUUGUGUUAUCGUACAACCUGCUCUUUGCUAUCAUGACAACGUUGUGUCUCGUCAGAAAAUUCACUUCUGCUGUACGAGAGGAGCUCCUGAAGGCAUUAGGAUUAGAUAAGCUUCAUCUAUCAAACAAUCCAAGAGACUCCGAGACAAAGCCGUCUGCGAAUGGGCAUCAGAAAACACUGUGAUUAACAAUCACCUGCCAUCAGCAGCGCUGAAAACAUC